AAUGUCUCCAUCUCGGACUUCGGACUACCAUCAGCGACGGUAUCGACACCACCACGAUGCGGGCUAGAUUACAAGUACUGCCGCGGACCGGCGUGACUGUUCGAGUACACCAUACAAGGCUCUACCAUGCUUCUCCGAUUGUCCAACGCACAAAUCUGCGCAAUGGAGAAGUAGUUCCCAAUCCUUUCGCACCGAAGCCGACGCCGACUGCACGGCCCAUUCCCAACAUAUACGAACUUGUCGACAGGAGAGCUACAGGCUCUUCUGAUGAUUCUGUUCAGCCGAGACAGCAACAACGCUUUAGUAAAGAGGAUGUGAGUGAUUGGUUGCAAAAAAAGGCUGGUCGUCUUAUAGCUACGAUGGACCGUUCGUUCCCUUUAGACGAAGUCAAAGACAUAUCAAGCGCGUCAGAGUUCGAGACGCUCGUAGCGCGUGGGCUGGCUGGAGCCCCCGAGGCAAUGUUGUUCCUGGCCAGAUCGCGCAUGCGACUAGAACGUCUGCCGCUAGAGGAGCAGCGUCCAUUGGCAGCGGCUGCAUGUGCAUCACGUAUCCUCGCUUGGGUACUGCAGACCGAUCGUCGUUAUUGGGACACUAUUCUUCCCGAUGACUUUAUAAAGCUUCUUUGCUGGCACAUUGAAGCAGAGGACAAGAGUCAUGUGGUGGAGGAGUGGAUAGCUACAUACUUGACAUCAGUCGAGAUGCAGAAGGGUGCUGUUAGGGCUCACAACCCAUUUCGCCGGGCUUUGAAUAUCAGAUGGCCGUCGCAGGCGCUUGUUGGUCUCAUCCAAGGCAAAAUUCACUGGCAAGCAGACGGUUCGGCCACGGCUGCUCUCGAAUGCCUCUUACGUGCGUUCGAUCGAGGGUUCGGACAGCUUCGAGACGUCAUCUUCCUCCCUAGUGCUAUGAUAGAGCUGGAGAAAACCCUGUUGAGAGAUGAGACACCGCCGUGCUCGCCCAUACUGUUUGACCGAUACUGUUCAUGGCUGCCAACCGCAAACGAUUGCAAGAAACUGGCAACGCGGUUGGGAGUAGCAUCGCAUUUGGCGACUGUCGCUCUCUACCAUCCAACAAACGCCGAUCCGCGUCCGAUCUUGCUGCACUUCCAGAAAAAGAGCCAGAGGGAGCACUGGUUUGGCCGACAGGACCGUACCAGGCAGCACAUGGCAAAUGAUCUUCUGCGAGCCUCUUACCUGUUGCGGCUCGAAGAUGACAACGCAGCGGCAAGAUCUCUCGAAGACAUAAGUCGACGCCUACACCCCAAGCCUUCGUCUCAACUGCCUAUGCUGUAUGACAAAUGGAAAGAUGAUCCCAAGCUCAGGAAUCAUCACUCUCGCAGUGUCUACGGCAAGAGUCUUCGCCCUUAUUAACAUUCGCUGGCACCGGAACACCCUUCCUGAUGGAAUUGGAUGAUCACUGUUCCCUUUCUCGUGCUAUAAGAUACCACAGUAUCGCUUGGGCGAGAAUGUCAACGUUAGACGGCCGGUCGUUAUCUGAACGAUCGGAACUGGGCCACGGCAACAAGGCCUUGCUUUCAUCCCGUCAUCGAUGGGUCCGAUCGACGCAGUCAUCUUUGUAUGGCCACCAGUCCACUUUUGCAAACGAGAUAUCCGGUACCCAUCUCGCCAUAGGGUAUUCCACUGCAUUGUAUGCGUCUCUACCGUGCGUCAGCACAAGUUCCAGAACUCGCGCAAGCCAUCCGAUCGCCAACCGCAUUUCCAGCCUGUCUUUCGUUCUAUCUGAGCAAGCAAUUCGAGUUGCGAACUUUUCACUUCGUGUCCUCAUGUGCCGUCC